UGAUCUGUGCACUCGUCUUUAUCUAUGGCACAGAUCACAGAACAUCAUCAGUCUUUAUCACCGGUCUUUAUUUAUGGUCUUUAUCAAUAAGCCAGAAAAAAAUCUUAUUCUAUGGUCUUUAUCUAUGAUUUGUGCACAGACGAUUUGUGUUUUGCUUUGCUUGCACAUGGUUUGCACGUAAGUUUGUUCUAAUUUAAAACCGAAGAAAUUAAUUAAAAUGAGUACUGUGAGUGAGUGGUCUCAAUCAGCUGAAUACUUGAGCUUUCGUAGCAAUGUGCCUUUGAGGCGCAUUUCCGUCAGUAAUGAUCCUGAACAGGAAUGGCGCAUCUACGAUUGCGGGCCAAAAACGGUGCAAAAUCCGCUAAUUUGUCUUUCGCCUGUUUCGGGGACAGCCGAUAUUUUCUUCAGACAAGCCCUAGCUUUGUCUGCCCGGGGCAUUCGAGUGAUAUCCGCAGAAGCCCCACCUUAUUGGACGGCAAAUGAAUGGUGUGAUGGUUUUAGAAAGCUUUUGGACUACCUCUCUCUUUCAAAGGUCCAUAUAUUUGGGGCUUCGUUAGGUGGCUAUUUGGCACAGAAAUUUGCGGAAGGCACAUCCCUUCGGCCAAGGGUGGCUUCACUGAUACUUUGCAACAGCUUCUCUGACACCACAGUGUUCAAAGCGAACGAAACCGCUUCAAUUUACUGGAUGCUGCCAGCCCUAGUUUUGAAAAAGAUGCUUCUAUCCAACUUUCAGCCUCCACCAGCCACGGACCCUGACGUGGUUCACACCACAGACUUUAUGGUGGAAAGGCUGGACAGUCUAACUCAAAGUGAACUGGCAAGUCGCCUAACUCUAAACUGCGCCAAUGGAUAUGUGGAGGCUCACAAGUUAAUAGACCUGGCCGUUACCAUUAUAGACGUUUUCGAAGGCUCCCCAUUGACCUUUCCGGUUAAGGAGCAGCUGUACAAAUGCUACCCUCAAGCUAAAUUAGCUCAUUUGAAGAACGGCGGGCAUUUUCCCUUUUUAAGUCGCAGCGCUGAGGUCAAUUUGCAUUUGUUGAUCCAUUUGCGGCAAUUUGAUGGCGGCCCUUUGGCGUCUUCGGAUAAAUGUUUGAUAAACCACCGACUGGCAAGUUCAUAAAUUUUUCGACGGUUUAACUGUUGUCUUCCACGGUAUUCCCGCAACUUAUGCGCGUAGAUUUUGAUGAUUUAAACCGUUAUUCCUAUCCAGCUAUAUUCGGUAACCCUUUGAUAAUUUACAGCGGGUUCAUAUGCAAAAGACUGAAAAACCCGAAUGGCUUGAUUAAACAAGUGACUGGCAUUUUUUAAAAUGUGCAAUAAUGUACUUUGUAGGGUCUUAGAUAGUUUAGAUUAUUUCCAAAUACAGGGUAUAUGUAAGUGAAAACUCGAACUAGAGACAUUUUAAGCUAGUAGGCCAAAUUCGAAGUAUUUUUAACUACUACCAAAGUUUUUGUGAAGUUUUCUAGAAAAGAUAAAUUCUCUUUCCGAAUUAUUUUAAAUGAUGAAACCUGUAAUAAGCUCGCAACAUUUUUGAACUUCCAUUUUGCAUCUAAAGCCAACUGACUUAUAGCUUUCAGCAAGCUAGUUACCAUUUAAAUUGUGUUAAUUUUAGUUUAGAAAUUUAAAGUGUAAAGUAUAUUAAAAAAAGCUAGGAUACCUAAAUAUAUUUUUUGAUACAAUCUCAAUAAACACCACAGUUGGUUAAUGA